AUGGCGCCACCAACGUUCACCUUGCGAUCGCUUCUCCGGCCCUUCAGGGCAGCCACGGAGAGCGACGUGCACGACGGAGAAGACGAGCCGGUGGAAUCGCCGGCGCGGGGGACGCCUCCCAGUGGCGGCGUGGCCGUCAAUGCCACAGCGAACGACGGGGCGCUCGUCAUAAAGACGCACUGCGAGCUCCCGGCCAUCGCGAGGAGCGCACACAGGGACAACUUCGCCGUUCUUGUCCAUGUCAUGGCCCCUAGCAUGUCCGUGGAGGCGACGGCGGAGCGCGCGCCGGUCGACCUCGUCACGGUGCUCGACGUGAGCGGGAGCAUGGCGGGCUACAAGCUGGGGCUGCUGAAGCGGUCCAUGGCGUUCGUCAUCGAUAACCUCGGCCCCGGCGACCGUCUCAGCAUCGUGUCAUUCUCCUGCGAUGCGCGUCGCGUGAUCGGGCUGACGCGCAUGUCGGACGAAGGCAAGGCGUCGGCCAAGGGCGCCGUGGAAUCCCUCGCUGCCGGCGGCGGCACGAACAUCCUCAAGGGCCUUGUCGAAGCCGCCAGGGUGCUCGACGACCGCCGGUACCGGAACGCCGUCGCCGGCGUCAUCCUUCUCUCCGACGGUCAGGACACGUACAAUGUACACUCGAGCAGCUACGGUGCCCUCGUGCCGCAUUCCUUCAAGCGCUCCGGCGACAGGUGCUUGCCGGUCCACACGUUCGGCUUCGGCAACGACCACGACGCGGCGGCGAUGCACACCAUCGCGGAGGAAACCGGCGGCACGUUCUCCUUCAUCGAGAACCAGGCGGUCGUCCAGGACGCGUUCGCGCAGUGCAUCGGCGGGCUCCUCUCCGUCACCGUGCAGGAGGCGCGCAUCACCAUCACCUGCUCGCACCCCGGCGUGCGCGUCAGGUCGGUCAAGUCCGGUCGCUACGAGAGCCUCAUUGACGCCGACGGCCGGGCUGCGUUGGUGCACGUCGGCGAGCUCUACGCCGACGAGGAGAGGCGUUUCCUGGUGUUCGUGGACGUGCCAGUAGCCGGCGCCGAAGAAGACGCCACGCACUUGGUCAAGGUGGGCUGCACUUAUUGCGACACGACAACUCAGUACUCGAUGGUCGUCGCCGGCGAGGACGCCGUUGUGCAAAGGCCAGUGGAGGUGCCCACCAACAUGGAGGCGUCCAUGGAGGUGGAGCGGGAGCGCUCCCGCAUGGAGGCGACCGAAGACAUCGUGGCCGCGCAAGAAGCAGCCGAGCGGGGCGAGCACGCGGCGGCGGCGGGGAUACUGAACCGCCGGCAGGAGGAGCUGGCCCGGACGGCGGAACGACUGGGCGACGACGAGAUGUGCGGGGCGCUGGUGUCGGAGCUGGGCGAGCUGGGAGCCCGCGUGGCGGACAGGUGGGAGUACGAGCACACGGGGCGCGCGUGCAUGCUCGCCGGCAUAAACGCGCACGGGCGGCAGCGGGCCACGUCGGUGCAGCUGCUCGGAUCGGCUCUGGCUUCGAUGCCGGCCGGGGCGGCGCCGCCGCCUGCGAUGGGGAGAUUUGGAGCGUACGAGACGCCGGUGAUGAGGAGGAUGGUGGAGUCGUCACGGAUGAGACGAGAGGGCGGCGGAACAACUGAAGAUUUAGAGCUCGACUUCUUGAGAGACUUGAACUGAACAUCUUUUUUCUUUUUUCCCCCUUUUGAGAGAGCCAUAUACACUUCUGGCUGGUGAAAUGUUUGGUUAAGUUUGGUUGUGUUUGGUUUGUGGUUUGAAUUUAUCAAUUUGAAGCUUGAAAUUUGAACUCGUUUAUAGCCUUGGCAACCUAUAAUCUGAUAUUUGGAGUACUAAUCCGAACCUAUAU